CUACGCUUCUCUUCUCCCUGCCCACCAACCAUAACUCAAAGCUCCCCAGCUCCGCCUCCGUCUCCGGCCACGGCGGGCAGCCAGCCACGCACCAUGGCGCCAACGGUGGAGAUCAGGAACCUGACCUUCACCUACCCGGGCAUCGACGGGAAGCCGCCGCCCGGAGCGCCGCCGCUCAUCGAGGACGUCUGCUUCACCCUCCAAGCCGGUCAGCGCUGCCUCCUCGUCGGCUCCAACGGCGCAGGCAAGACGACGAUACUCAAGAUACUAGGCGGGAAGCACAUGGUGGAUCCGAGCAUGGUGCGGGUCUUUGGCAGGUCGGCCUUCCACGACACGGCGCUCACCUCCUCCGGCGACCUCUGCUACCUCGGCGGCGAGUGGAGGCGCGAUGUUGCCUUCGCGGGCUACCAGGUGAACAUACAGAUGGACAUUUCCGCGGAGAAGAUGAUAUUCGGUGUUACUGACGUUGAUCCUCAGAGGAGAGAUGAACUUAUCAAGAUUUUGGAUAUUGACCUUGGUUGGCGCAUGCAUAAGGCAUCAGAUGGUCAGAGGAGAAGAGUCCAGAUUUGUAUGGGACUUCUCAAGACAUUCAAGGUUCUUCUUCUUGAUGAGAUCACAGUUGACCUUGAUGUGUUGGCAAGAGCAAAUCUAUUAACAUAUCUAAAGAAGGAAUGUGUGGAACGAGGUGCAACUAUUAUCUACGCCACCCAUAUCUUCGAUGGCCUGGAUGAUUGGCCAACUGAUAUUGUUUACAUUGCUCAUGGGAAGUUGCAACUAGCGCUCCCUUUAGAAAAGGUGAAAGAAACGAGCCAGUUAUCGCUCAUGAGAACAGUGGAGAGCUGGCUGAGGAAAGAGAGGGACGAGGACAGAAGGAAGAGAAAGGAGCGGAAGGAGAAAGGCCUCCCAGCAUUUGACAAGGUUAUCGAGGGGAGCAGGGUAAUCAACAACGGUUGGGCAGCAGGAAGGCUCACCUCCACCAUGGCAGGCGAAGAGAGCUUCUUUCUCAGCUCAAACAGCGUUCUUCGGUAGUGAUGAUAUCCUGUAGCUUGGUUCUUGAGAUGAUGAAUAACAGUCCUAUGACAUAUUCACAUCAUACCUGAGGAACUUGGACGGUAACAGCUAAGUUCUAACACCAAAGGAAAGAAGUUCAGCAAAUUGUCCACGCUUGCUGCAUGUAUACGAAAUUGUAAUCUGGAUGUCGAAUAUUAUUAUUGAAUUUAUUUUUCAUAUAAUAUAUAUUCAUUUCUGUU